UCCCUUCCCCCUUCUCUCCUCCUCCCCUCUUCCUCCACCAAGCAACAAUUCGGUGCGUUUAUUCAAUCUGAUCCAUUGAUAACCCGUCUGUGAUUCAGAAAGCCAUCCAUCCCCUCCUUCAUCCUCUCCUCCAUCACCCAUACGUCCUCUUGAGCGCCUCUUCACGGCCCUCUCUAACGCGUAAAGAGACGCACCGCCACCCUCACCGCCACCGCCACCUUCGCGUCACCACCGCCUCAGGCAUCAUGGAGACGACCAAGCUGCCUCCGACCAGCCCGUCCUCGCCGACCACCAGCUUCUCGGUGCCCUCCGCGGAGAAGGUGGACGGCUUCCCGCGGAGGUCGAUGCGCAGAGCCCGGCAGAGGAGGUCCCACAGCUCGUCCCAGUUCCGCUACCAGAGCUCCCAGGUGGAGCUCACCCCGCUGCCCCUGCUCAAAGACGCCCCGGUGGCAGAGUUACAUGACCUGUUCUGUAAGAAGCUGCAGCAGUGCUGCGUGCUGUUUGAUUUCCUGGACUGCGUGGCCGACCUGAAGGGGAAGGAGAUCAAACGUGCGGCACUCAACGAGCUGGUGGAGAGUGUGGCCACAAGCAGAGGAGUCCUCAUAGAGCCUUUGUAUCCAGAGGCUAUAAAGAUGAUCUCUGUAAAUAUCUUCCGGACUCUCCCACCCAGCGAGAAUCCAGAAUUUGACCCAGAGGAAGAUGAGCCCACACUUGAAGCCUCCUGGCCACAUCUGCAGCUGGUGUACGAGUUCUUUCUGCGUUUCCUGGAGAGCCCAGACUUCCAGCCCUCCAUGGCCAAACGCUACGUGGACCAGAAGUUUGUCCUGCAGCUCCUGGAGCUGUUCGACAGCGAGGACCCCAGGGAGCGGGAGUACCUAAAGACCAUCCUGCACCGCGUCUAUGGAAAACUACUGGGCCUCCGAGCCUACAUCCGCAAACAGAUUAACAACAUCUUCCUCAGGUUCAUAUAUGAAACUGAGCACUUCAAUGGAGUUGCGGAGCUUCUGGAAAUCCUCGGCAGCAUCAUAAAUGGCUUCGCCCUGCCCCUGAAGGCUGAACACAAGCAGUUCCUGGUUCGGGUUCUCAUCCCAUUACACACGGCGAAGUCCCUUUCCAUCUUCCACGCACAGUUGGCCUACUGUGUGGUGCAGUUUAUGGAGAAAGAUGCUACAGUGACUGAAUAUAUCAUCAGAGGGCUGCUCAAGUACUGGCCUAAAACCUGCACGCAGAAAGAGGUGAUGUUCCUGGGAGAAAUCGAGGAGAUCCUGGAUGUUAUUGAGCCGUCUCAGUUCAUCCGGGUCCAGGAGCCUCUCUUCAAACAGAUUGCCGCCUGCAUCUCCAGCCCUCACUUCCAGGUAGCGGAGCGGGCUCUUUACUUCUGGAACAAUGAAUACAUCCUCAGUCUGAUAGAGGAGAACUGUCAAGUCAUCCUGCCGCUCGUCUUUGCCACCCUCUACAGAGUCUCCAAGGAGCAUUGGAACCAGACCAUCGUGUCCCUGAUCUACAACGUGCUGAAGACCUUCAUGGAGAUGAACAGCAAGUUGUUUGAUGACCUCACUGCCUCCUACAAAGUGGAGAAACAGAAGGAGAUGAAGCGGGAGAGGGAGCGUGCAGAGCUGUGGCAAGGUCUGGAGGAGCACCAGGAGCGCCGGAUGCAGAUGCUCACAGAGGCCGCCAGGAACCAGCGCAACCUCCAGGAGCGAGGCGAGAGAGGGGACCUGCCUACCCCUUCGUCCCCACAGACGGCUCCCUCCGACCAGCCGGAGUCCAAGACCAGUGGGGCCUCCUCUUCAGGAGCAGGGGAGAGCGCCACCUAGGUGUUGCUCUACUGAAACGGGAUAACACAAGGGGUUUGGGGACAGGGAGAAGACACGAGGUUGAUGAUGAAGGUGUUGGGAGUGUUCAGAUAAAAAAAAAAAGAGAAAAAAAGGUACAUAACAAAACCGCUGUUCUUUUAUCUUGUAUCAUAGAGGAGGUGGCUUUUUUGUCAAAGAGCGCACGGGCUCAGUGAUCCCAGGUAAAAAAAAAAACCUUUUUUUUUUGUCCUGACAGAGUUGUGUGAAACUGGUUCACUUUUUUGCUGUACACACAUUAUUUUGCAGAUCUGAAGAUGAAUAUUGUCCAGGGGUGCAGGCCCGACCCUUCAAAUUAACGCCGGGUUUCUUAAGCUGCAGGUCAGUGCCCAAAAAAUUGGUAGCUGGCCUGCUUCAAAUCAAUCUCAAAACAGGAGCUAGAACUUCUCUGAACACGGAAACCCGGGUUCAACAUGUGUCCAACAGAUCGAGUCCGGGUCUGCACCGUUGCAAUCGUAUUCCUCUUCGGGGUCCGAGAUGCUUAUUUCAUGCGUGGAUAGCACAAUCCAUUAAUAAACGAUAAAAGAAGCAAUUUCACACAAAUGUCCCCGAACUAUCGCCGCACCGGCCAGACACACUAACCGUCGCACGCACACAGACAGCAGGUACAUAUUUACUGUAAAUAUGAAGACAGAGCUAACGAGAGAUAACGUGUAUCCAGGUAAUGCAAAAUCUCACACACUAAUAAUCAACUGAUGCACCAAGAGACAUGCUCACAUACAUAAACACUUGCACACAAACACACGUUAAACACACACACACACACACACACACAGCUGGUUCUGGCGCUAACUCCUCUCCCAUUCUGUCGGGUUCCACCAAAGGACGAGCCUAAAGUCCCUCAAGGUUAAAUAACCACUGAUGAUGAUACUGAUAUAAAGUACAAUACUGUUCCUUCUUCUUACUUGUUACUCUACUACUACUACUCUACUCUACUCUAAGUACUACUGAUGAUGAUGAUGAUGAUGAUGACGACGAUGACGACGAUGUUUUUAUAUAUAUACAUAUGUCUCUGGAUAUUUCUGUAGUGUAUUAUGGGAGAAACACUAGUGUAGCAGAAACCACCAAGGGGAAGUCCGGCUCAAAUUCACAUCACAUGUUUAAGCGUACGAGGGCCGUAAUGUGGAUGCUGGAAUUCAGCGGUAUUCCCCUUUAACAGACCUUAAAACGAGGGAAGGAAUGAACUGGAUUAGCAGGUUUUUUCUUUUUCUUUCUUUCUUUUUUGUUGUUGAAAAAUUGGGGGGGGGGAUCUUUGUGGUGCGGGGGAUGUGUAUUCAAAAGGGAAAUCUCACUGAAAAUCCGUAAAAAACAUUCCACGUUUAAAAAAAAUUUCUUUCUUUCAAAAAAAAAGAAAAGCCCUGUGGAGAGCGGAGUUAUGUUUCAAUGCGUUUCCUGCCAAAACAACUUUUCUUUGUGUUUAUCCUCGACAAAUCUUCUGAAUGUAUUUCUUUUUUUCUUUUUAAGUGAAUUUGUUCAGCCGACGUUUUGAAAUGUUUACAUUCAUGUCUCCUUGCUCUAAAUCUUCAUCUUUCCAGCCAUUCGUUGGUAUUAUGCUACAUUCUAUGCACGUUAAAAGCCACAAGCUAUUGUUGGAUUGAAUAGUCUCAAACACACAGGAGAAUGUGAAUCAUAUUGCCCCAUGUUCUCCUUCAAGUUUAAUAUCAUGUGCUGGUACAAUUACAAAACACAGGGAACCUGCUGAUAGAAACAUUCCUCCAGAGUGCCACUGGGGGUGGGGUGGGGGGGAUACUCCACAGGGUUCCUUUAAUUUGGAUGCUUUGAUGAUUUGUUUUGGGCCAAAAGUUUGACAAAUGUCCUCUGAAGUAGACUCCAAGCUUUAACCAAAAAUGUAUACAGACUUGUAAAACUCAGCGUAAAGGUUACCAGAGGACAAAAAACAUGCACCACAAUAAAUUGGAACUAAAAGAAAAACCCAGUAAUCCAGUUGGAUUUCUGAACCCUGAAGCGUCUGUUCCUUUAGGCUCAGCAGACCUCAUGCUGCUAGAUGGGCGUCUAUGACGAUGAAAACCCUUUCCGGCGUGAACCAACAACAAUCCGUUUAUUCUUGUCUGAUCAUUACGGUAGAGUGAUGGGAUUUAAAAAAAAAAAAAAAAAAAAAAGAGGUGGGGGAAAAAACUAAAAAAAAAAAAAAUUAUUUUAGCAAUAUUUUCAUUCUUUCAGGAUACUCUUUGUGGUUUUAGGGGGUUAAACAGGAAGUGGGUGUCACACUCAAAUGUUUACCCCCCACUCAUGUUUUUACUCCUGUUGCGUCCUUGAUAUUCACAUUGUCUUAAAGGUACUUUCUGUGUACAUUGAUUUGAUGAAAAACGAUCUUUGCUUUGUAAUUAUGUUGUUUUUUUCUUCGUGUUCUUUUUGUAUGAUCUUGUUCAUUUUGUGGAAAACUGAUACUGAUGCUAUUUAUUUUCUAUUUGAUCAGGAAAUGUAACCUUAUUUGAAGAUGAUGGUCAGGUUGAGUGUGUGUGUGUGUGUGUGUGUGUGUGCAUGCGUGCCUGAGUGAAUCAGUGAGCAGGAGAUGUGUGUAGACAGAGCGAUAGAGAACGAGAGAAUAGUUCUCUCUUUGUUCCUUUUUCUCUCUCUCUCCUUCUCUCCUUCCCGAGGGACAGGGUUUGAAUCCGAAUGUAUCGUUAAACGAUUUGAUUGUGUUUUCUUUUUCUUUUUUUUAUUACAUUGAGACGCAGAGCUACCUGUCGGCUGCUUCGUAACCAAACGUUCCAAAAAAAAAAAACCCUUCAAAUCAGCCGUUCCCAAACACUCACUCUGAAUCAUGCCUGAGUCAACAAGGUUGUGAAACCCAUUUGAUUUGCACCUCUAAGAUUGGCAUUUCACAUUUAAUGAGUACUAAAGCAUCCCGGGAAGAGUCAUUCAUCUGACAGCAAUGCAUUUCUGUGCCCUGCCCAGAUUGGAGUUUUCCUCUGGAGGAUUUCAAUUUGAACGACUUGUUCUGAUGCUACUUGGGCUUUCGGGCUGCUGUUACACCUAAUCCGCCUUCACUGAUCUGUUUGUUGUUUUCUUCAAACAUUGACACUGUAGCUUUCCAUUUAAUUGCAUUGGCAGUUGUAACAUCCAGGUUAUACAUUUCCACGUUUGUCAGUCAAAACAUCACAUCACGUUCGUUGAGCUUGAAAACAGUAGGAAAGAAAAACUCCACGUACUAAAUAGCUUUGAAACAGUUGGAAAUGGACUUGCUCCAUAUUUCUGGUGAUGGCUUAGAAGUCAUUCAUGUGGCUGAAAUUCUGAACUACAGUCAUGUGGAAAAUGGUUUUUGGAUGUAUUGCCACAGAACAGCUCCUGAGCAGUAACCAUUGCUAUUGGGACGGCUCAAUCUGCUGAUGAACACAGCUAAAAGAUCUGUCGAAAAUGAACCCAGAGUUAAGGUUGUGGCACAUGUUAGUGUUUCUUACAUUUUGGCUUUGACCCCUCAGAAAUAAUUCAUGCCUACUUGCUACUCUUUGGCCUUUGUGUUGAUAUGAUUCACAGAAAGUUAAAAUAAAGAGUUUACCCUUUGGAGAGGCAACUAUAGAUCAGCAAAAAUACAAAUGAGUAAACAUUAGGAGGGAAAUCAGAUGUUGAAGAGUAUUUUUGACCCUCGUUAUUUUCUUUAGGGUUCCAAUAAGGGGCCCUGACCCCAAGGUUUGAGGUCAUUAAUAUAUGCCUCUAUACCACAAUGUUGUACACUUAUUCUAUUCAGGCCAGGUCUUUUAGUUGUCCCAUUGUUGCUGCACACAUCAAAAGCAUGGACACUGAGCAGCCACUGAUAUCUUAGGUGUGACAGCAGCCUCAUACAACCACAAACCUCAAAACCUGAACCCGCAGACACCAUCAAGAAAAUCAAAAAGCUCCCAAAUGGUCGGAUUUCAGACACUGUUUUGAUUCAGGCAAAAACACACUUAACAAAAAGGACAUGACAACUGUAAAGAGACUAAAAACCUGACCUCGCUGUCAUAGAACUCAGCUUCUUUAUAUUUUGUUUUGGCUAGCUUACUCACAAACCCUCUUGAUUGUUACCGUCAGUUGGUCAGCUGACUCGAGAAAACCCCUGACGCCCACUGAUCUGCUCAACAGUUAUACUCCUCUUAUUUUUGAAUUCUGCUGUACAUUGUAGAACCGGAAGCGAGAGAAGAGCGAGUGUUCACAGAGAGAUCUGGUAUCACCUCACAGACAGCCAUCAAACGCUGCUUCCGUCCACUGUCACAUUUCCUCUCUGGCAUUUUCAAUACGGCCGAAUUUAAACAAACGUUUUCAAAUCUGAGGGGUGGUGUGUGAGUGGAUUGGAUGAAAGCAGCCAGUAAAGAUUGGAGAGGAAAAAAAAACAGAGGAGGAGAAAGACAGAGGAAAGAAAAGACAUAGAGUUAGACUUGAUAGAAUGGCAAUAAGUCAGAGCAACAGUAAUAGAGUGAGAAUAUAAUGUUACAGAAACCUACAACCGCAUUACGUAGCAAUUUCACUGAAUUUCUAGAUUUGCACUGUCUGCCCAAUGGUAUGUGUUUGUUGUGUUGAAGAAAUACCUUAGAGAAGAUGACUAAGACAAUGCAGAAGAUGAAAAUGUAUAUUUUGGGGACCAACAAAGCAGUGGGGGGGGUUUGAAUGUAGAGAGGCUUACUACUGUACGUAACAUUACAGGGGGUGUAGAAUGGAGAAAAAAAAAACUAUGUGCUAAAAAUGAAACUUCACUUUGAGAAAACACUCUGGGAGUCUGUGCCAUGUUUGUGUCACUUCUUGUUCCUUCACUCUCGCUUUACGGAGAUCUUUUUUUCAUAUUGUCAUUUCAAUGUUGAUUUAAAGGCACAGUGUGCAUUAAAUGGAACAUAUUCAGUUUAA